CGCCUUCCUCAUUUCUAGCAGAGGAAGUGUGUGGCCGGUUUAGCAACCGCUGUUCUUCUUGAUAGCCUGAGUUUCUCUACAACCGCGGAGGCCUGGCCACCUGCUCACUGCGCUGGAGACGCAGCAGCCGAUGGAGAGACGGUGACGGCGCUCCUGGCAGGCCCUCCGCAGCUACUCCCAGGGGAGACCAUGCCCAGCUUUUGAAGGCUUCGAGCAUCUUUGACAGCCCGGGGAGACAGAGCGAUGGGAAACAGUAUGCGAUCCACCCCAGCACCUCCCGAGAGACCUGUGCCCAGCCCAGAUGGACUGGACAGCGACUUCCUGGCCGUGUUGAGUGAUUACCCAUCUCCUGACAUCAGCCCCCCCAUAUUCCGCCGAGGGGAGAAACUACGAGUGAUUUCUGACGAAGGGGGCUGGUGGAAAGCCAUUUCCCUCAGCACUGGUCGAGAGAGUUACAUUCCCGGAAUAUGUGUGGCCAGAGUUUACCACGGCUGGCUGUUUGAAGGGCUGGGCAGAGACAAGGCGGAAGAGCUGCUCCAGCUGCCAGACACGAAGAUGGGCUCCUUCAUGAUCCGAGAGAGUGAGACGAAGAAAGGGUUUUAUUCCCUCUCCGUGCGACACAGGCAGGUGAAGCAUUACCGAAUCUUCCGCCUGCCGAACAACUGGUAUUACAUCUCCCCAAGGCUCACCUUCCAGUGCCUGGAGGACCUGGUGAAUCACUAUUCCGAAGUGGCUGAUGGUCUCUGCUGUGUGCUGACCACACCCUGCCUCACUCAGAGCUCGGCCACCCCGGCGGUGAGGGCCCCUGACUCACCCGUCACCUUACGCCAGAAGACCUUCGACUGGAAGAGGGUGCCCAGACUGCAAGAGGACCCCGAGGGAGCCAGGAACCCACUUGGUGUGGAUGAGUCCCUUUUCAGCUACGGCCUUCGGGAAAGCAUCGCUUCCUACCUGUCCCUGACCAGCGAUGACAACACCUCCUUUGAUCGAAAGAAGAAAAGCAUGUCCUUGAUAUACAGCGGGAGCAAGAGGAAGAGCUCCUUCUUCUCCUCACCACCAUAUUUUGAAGACUAGCCUGAGAAUAGACACCAUGGUGUGUACCCAAAAUAACAGAGGUUGGAACUAUCACCUGGGAUCUGGCAGGGAGGCACGGUUCCCUGGUCCUGGGGAACCGCACAUCUUCCAGAAGCCAAGAGAAGGCUGAUGGCGACUCGAACUCACAUCUUCUCUGUCCACAUCACGACAAAGGGAACCCCUCCCUGGUGUCUGAUCAGUACUGAGACAUCACGAAACGUUGAAUCACGAUGUGAUUGGGCAACAUUUCCGAAGAGCCCCGUGUAUGUGAGUGUGCUCGUUGUGUUUGUGGGAAAGAAAAAGACAUUAUCUCACAAGAAAGCGCACAAGACUGUUCAACGAACCGUCCAGAUGGUCACACUCUGAGCUCAUUGGAGAUAACUUCUGAACGAGAAAAGCCUGAGAAGAGGACGAGCCAAAAGUUGGGGCCUGGCCAGUCUAGGUUUGCAAACGGGUGCCCCGCAAUGAACUUUCCUAACCAAUCCACAAAGAGACCUUUGGGAUGCAGCUCCUCUCUUUUCAAGGGAAUUCAGUGACACUAAAUGUUCAUCUUCCUUAUCAUCCCUGAAUCAGGAGAUCCCGCUGGCCUGCUGGUGGCAGGGCUACAUGCACAGGAAUCAGACGGCCUCCCUCCCUCUGCAGAGGACAAGGCAAAGGGGAGAGAGGGAGGCUGCUUGUGGGAAAUUGGGAGGGUAGCCUUGGAGCCAUGCAAGCUUUCCUAGUGUCCCCAAUCGUGGCUUCGCGGCACAGAAAGAGCUUCCCUGACAGUGUCGGUUGAGACACCUGCCAAUACUAAUGUGUCCGUUGUUCACUCAUGAUUACCUGAAGAGCUAGCUGUGUUAAGUACCAUGUCAGGUAGAAAGAGGAAAGAAAAAGAAAAGAAAAGAAAAAAAGAAAAGAAAAGAAAAGAAAAGAAAAGAAAAGAAAAGAAAAAAGCAAAAAGAGGAGAAAAGAAAAAGGGAUCAGCAGAGGCACUCACAGUAUAGACAGGGAGAAAAGUCUAUAGACAAAGAUCAUGAAAGUGGGUUGUAGAAGGAGAAAUCAGCUCAUGGUUCCAGGGGGACUGGGUCAGGUACGGGUGGCCCAUGAGCUCACGUCUCAGCUGCAGACUUCGCAGAGGGUAAGUGCAGCUGGAUUGAGUAGACGAGAAUGGUCGGCUUUUUUGAAAACUGCAAAUGGAUUAAAUUCUAAAGAAUUAAUUCUAAUUCUAAACGAUUAAUUCAUUUACGUGAUUUUUUCUGUGUCAUCAGUAUUUUAUUCUAAGAAGGGCCUGGGAGCCACAUGAAGAAAACUGCUGAGCUCCGGGAAAGAAGGGAGGCAGAGUGGCUUUAAUUCUGUCCCACUAAUUUUAAGACAUGAGAGAGAAAGCACAGCAAAGUUCUAGAAAAUAAGUAUUUAUCUCGAGGCCGCCCAUCCGGAUCUUGUUAGGAAGGGGGCUGCAGAUGCUCCCAUGACUCAUUUUCCCCUGUUGCAAAGGGAUUCAGGGCGGGGGGAGGGGUGCCUGUGGAACCCUUCACUGCCUGAUAGGCAAUGUCUGUCUUUUCACCACGCGCAUUCCGCAUUCCGUAGAUCUGAGAUCACUGUGCGGGUGGUAUGUGUAAUAUGCAUUUACGUGAUUUUCUGUAUCAUCAGACUGGCGUGUUUAUACAAGAAGACAUUUAUGGUUUCCCCCAAGAAUCCCUAAAGGCCGUUUCAAGGGGCCAGCCGACGUGUGGGAAAUGAAUAUAACACUGUGGACGCUGAUUUCCACCGCAAGGCAGGGUUUUCCUCGCGAACGCCAGAUGUUUGUACGGUGUCAUAUGCAUUGUUUUCCGUUGUAACUAGUGUGCUGGGAACUUUUGGGGAGCACUCAGAGGCAUUUCUAAGUGGGAAGCAUUACACUUUGCUAAAUCAUGUAUUUAUUUCUGAUUAAAAUAUACCUAAUAAAUAUUUAACCCUUGGCA